AUGGCGUCCUAUUUCAUGCCGUCGUUUUUCCAGAAGCGGCUGCUCAAAUACGUUCUGUCCCGCGUGGGCCUCGUCGAAACAGAUGCUUUGGACUUGGAUAACCUAGGAAUCAGUUGGGGCCAACGGUGUGUGGUGGAACUGAAAGAUAUCGGCCUGAAGUUAGAUAAACUAUCAACCCUUCUGAGCCUCCCUGCUUCAUGCGAGCUGCUGAGCGCCCGUGUACAACUUCUUCGAAUCACCCUCCCAGCCGAUUUCCAUAGCAGCAGUAUCGUUUGCGAAGCGUACGGCAUCGACGUCCAUACCCGCUUAUUACCAGAUGAGCCCAAAAAGUCAAGACAUGGAAAAGGGAAAGGUGGGAAUUCCGAAUCCUCGGCAGUUCCCACACCGUCGGGUCUGGCGGAGUCGUUCCUUGAAUCGGAGCCACAAGAAGAAAAGGAAGAGCUACAAGCUGCAAUAUCCUCACAAUCCGGGGUCCUGCCUGCCGAUCCAUUGGCUUGGAACGAAGAAGACAAUGAGCUCGGCCUGGGAAGCGACACUCUGUCCCUCCCUAGCUUCGUGGCAGGAUUUCUGAAGGGUGUUAUCGAUCGGUUUCAACUCCGAAUUAAGAAUGUCGCUGUGCGCGUGGAUAUGGAAUUGAAACAGGAUGGACCAUCAAAACGACAACCAGAACACAAACCCGACUUGGUCGCCGCCAUGUUGAGUAUUGGGGCAGUCGAAGUACAUGGGGUGUCUGGAACCACCGCUGGACCCGGGGAGGAACCGCCCCUCCGAGAAGGGAAAAGACUCAUCGCGAUUACCGAUGUCAACAUCGAUUUGGUUUCAGAUCAUACAGUGUUCUCUAACUACUCUCGGUUUGCUGCCCCUGCGUCACCCACGACGACGAUGCGAUCAAGGGGAAGCCAAUUAUCAAGCAGGGCAGCAUCACCUUCCCCAUUGAAUCGUUCUGUUCUCUCUGGCCCGUAUAAUCACUCUGACCGGUCAGAUUACUCGGAUCACUAUGAACAAGACCCUCUUGCUAUGACUCAAUCUACAAUUUUAGAACCACUUCGAGGAUCUACCCACUCCAGCACAGCCGCACGUAGCUUGGAGAAAUCCGCUUAUUCCCAUGAUGGCCGGUUUUCAGAUGCGGACUCAGAGGCUGAUACCCACCGUGGAUAUAUGGAAGACUCUCAGGUCUUCGGAGAUGAUCCAUUCCAAGACAACCCUGGGUACUUGGAUUCUGUCAUUGACACUCAGUUCGAUGAUUUUGAUGAGCAAUCGCCGGUAAUGCAGCCACAAGACCCUCCUCUAACUCAAAGUGAAUGGAGAAGACGUGACUUGUCCGAUCAGGAGACUUUAGCCCAGAGCCAGGUUGAAUAUUUCAAGGAACCUUCGAUUCCUCUGAGCCUCCAUGGCUCCGUCAACUAUGAAACUCAUCAAUCUCAAAUCAGCUCUGAAGUCGACCAGGUUACACAGCAUGCACAGUACCAUGGCAAUCAUGAUGAGAACGAAGAUAGUAGAAGGUUGCAAACCAGCGCCUCAUCGCAUUCCUCUGCUCCACCGUUGGAGCCUGAUAGCCCGGACUCGAAAGAACUCGCACACUCUGAUCUUAUUGAAUCCAAGUACUUCUCCCACGAUGAAGCACAAAGUCUUUACAUGAGUGCUAUCAGCCAGGAACCAACUGCCUCCUUCAUGCCUAAUAUGCCAGGGGCAUGGGACACUUUUGACGGUACUUCCCAUUCUAAAACUUCCCUUGGUGACCAUGCCCCAAGUGAGGUACCCGCUAUCGAGGAAACGAUCUCUCAGCCCCAAGGGGAAGCGAUGACAACUACCACAGCAUCACUGGGCGAGCCCACUAUUGAGCAGCAGGGUUUGGCCGACCAGGCCCAAUCUCAAUCUUCGCUCAAGGACCGACCAUCAACCCCGAAUUGCCCCGAUCUUCUUGGAAUUGAUGAAAUCAGAAAACCUGUGUUAGCAAUUGCGAAGGUACUGCUCUGGGUCUCACCCCCGGCUUCUGAAAAUGACGCCCCGUCACAACAUCCAAUGUCGGAACAGGAAACCCCCGACAUCGAUCUCAAGGAAUCUACAGCUGACUUUGGGGAUUCUGUGUACGAGGAGAGUUUGGUAGCCUCUAAGGCAUAUGCAUCGACUAGGUUUGGCAGAGCGAUCUCCGAACCCCAAACUCGGACGAGUAAUACUCCACAACUACCUGAAAUUGCUGUGGAAGUGUUCGCGGCUUCAGUGCACUUUGAUAUUGCCACUGGCUGGCUUUUGACCAAGAUUGGACAACGGGUUUUGCAUGCUUUUGGCACAGCUGAAAAAGACCCCCCAGAGAAGCAACCGCAAACUGAUGAAUCUAAGCCUCAGCCCCCUGUCCAUCUUGUUGUUCAUGAGUUUUCAAUCAAGUUCGUCGAGCAUGUCCCCGGGCAUGCUCAUUCCUCCAAGCACAGCGGCUCUCCUAUGUCGCCACCAUACAACAUGGAGGAUGUGGUUCUCCGCCUAACAGUCUCUGGAUUGAGGGCUCACCUUUCGGUACAGGGCUCAACCACAAAGCUGAACCUCGAUGUUUCCAAGUUCACCUUUGGGUUUGCAACGGAAGAUCUCAUCUCGUUCAAUGAGACAUUCAAAAUGCGUGAAUCUACACGUGAUGUGGGAAAUCCUUCCAAAGGCGACAUCUCUGUUGCUUUGGUCAAGUCAGCAGACUUAGCCAAGGUUGACAUAUCCACACUGCCUCUGCAUGUCAACCUCAACAUCCAGCAUCUAGAAGAGGUUCUAGGCUGGAUGGGUGGCUUGAGUACCAUCCUCGAGCUUGGGAGCUCAAUAUCCUCCGUGUCAACCGUCAAGGGUGCUAUGUCUCCUCCGAAAAAGCGCCCCCGAGGUGUGCACUUCGAAACGCCCAGUUCAGCCCCUCAGCCCAACGAAAAGUCAACGCCGUGGAAAGUCAAUGCCCGAAUCGGCACUAUUCUUUUGGAUGUAAUAGGAGAAACCCACUGUCUCCAGCUCACCACAACUGCUGUCAAAGUCGUGAGCAGAUUUGAAGGUAUUGGUGUUCAAGUGGACAAAGCUAAAUUGGUUGGUCCAUUUUUACUGGACAACGAUCCGGCAGAUGCUCCUGCGAAAAUCACAUUGGACAAUAUUCGCCUUGAAUUCCUUUUUGCUCCGAAAGAGGUUGAUCUUGAUCGGCUUUUGACGCUGAUUACCCCAUCUCAAGACAAGUAUGAAGAGGAGGAUGAGAUCAUGCUGGAUACACUGCUGCGACAGCGGAGACAAGGGUCUGUUCUUCGCGUCACUGUUACGGGCAUGAAAACCCUGAUAUCAGACAUCGAGGGAUUGGAACCACUUUCGUCUCUUGGCGUGGAACUAAGUCGUCUCUCCAAUGUCACGAAGUAUCUACCAGAAGACGAUCGUCCUGGUAUUCUCACACUGCUGCUGGUCCGCAACCUCGAAGGACAUGUUCACGUUGGUGGCCAGGUUGGGAAUAUUGAUGCCAACCUCACCGGCGUUGAAAUUGCACAUAUCACCAUGCCCUCACUCACGGCAGCUCAAAUUGGAAACCUUUCCGUUCAUCGGAAUGGCGAUGAAAAAAUGGUGGGGCAGGCUUUGAGGCCUUCGGACAAAUAUCAAGACCCAGACGAGUCAAAUCCACCAGUGUUCAUGGCUAGGUUCAUACCCGAUGAAAUGGAUCCAACUUACAGGAUCAAAUUGCAUAAUCUUCUUGUGGAAUACACGGUCCCGGCGGUUGCAGCUUUCCUCGGAAUAGGCGUCAAUACGACAAGCGCAGACGUGGCUUCCAACAUGGCUAGCUCCAUUGCAAAUCUUGCAGAAAAUUCCGUGCCCCCGGAAUUGUCGAUAAGUUCGCCAAGAAAGUCUGAUUCAUCCAGCCCGAAACCCGCCAAGCUGGCGGUCGUGUACAAAGACUGUGUUCUUGGCCUCAACCCCCGGAAUUCUCCUGCGAAGGGCCUUGCAGUCCUCACAAAUGCCAAAUUUGCAGGUAGUUUGCAUGACGAUGAGUCUGCAGAAGCAUCGCUAGACAUCAAAAAAGCGUCACUUAUGGUCAUUGAUGAUGUGCGUCACGAGGGUUCUGACAAUCUCCACCAACGAGCUUCAACUGUCGAUCAAAGCAGCCAGGUCCAGGUUUAUAUUGACCAGGGUUAUGUCCCCGUGUCCUCUAUAUCGUCAGCAACUGCUGGUGUCAAGUUAACCAAUGUUGCUGAGGAUGGGACAAAAUCACUUGAUGUGGAGCUCAGAGACGAUUUAUUGAUUCUUGAGACCUGUGCAGACUCAACACAGACACUGAUCAGUAUCAUGAAUGGGCUUCAACCUCCGACUCCGCCCAGUGUCAAUGUCAAAUACCGGACUGAGGUCAUGCCCCUUCAGGAUAUGUUUGCUUCAUUCACUGGAGAUGCUUUCGCGGCCAAUCCUGCUCUUUCUGCUGACGACCUCUCAACCAUCGCUGAAGAGCCGUCUCUGGAGGAUCAAUUGACCGAGGAACUCGAAUAUGUCAGCGACUUUUCUCCGAGACAGGAUGGCUCUGGUCUUGGUGCUGGUGGACCCAGUGAUCUUCUGGACAGUUUCCAUUCAGAAUACCAAGUUUUUUCAAGCCUCACUGAACUGGAUUUCCAAGAAGAUCAUUUUGCGAAGAAGUCCGCCGUGGGUGGGACUGCUCACCGGUGGGAUUCUACCCAGAAUACCUACGGCCUUACCAACGACACGAAACUUCAGCGGAGUCCUUUGCGGAUGCGAGUGCGAGACGUGCAUUUCAUCUGGAAUCUCUUUGAUGGAUAUGACUGGCAGCGGACACGCGACACAAUUUCCAAGGCUGUCAAGGAUGUGGAAACCAAGGCCACUGAGCGGCGCGCCAGGGGUUCCAGGUUAUCGCCAUCGGCCGAUGACGAAGAAGAGUCAGUGAUCGGAGAUUUCCUCUUCAACUCCAUCUACAUCGGAAUUCCGGCCAACAAAGACCCGCGGGAACUCCACCGUGAGAUCAAUAACGACAUCGAUGAUUUGACUAGUGAGACUGGAAGUUAUGCGACAUCUACAACGGUUACAGGAGCUGGCAGUCGCCAAGAUAGACCUUCUUCCAAGAGGGAAAAGAAACUGCGCCUGCAUCGCAGCAAACAACACAAGAUGACGUUUGAGUUGAAGGGCGUCUGUGCCGAUUUGGUUCUAUUCCCGCCUGGCUCAGAAGAGACGCAAAGCUCCUUGGAUGUUCGAGUUCGGGAUUUAGAGAUAUACGACCAUGUGCCGACGUCCACCUGGAAGAAAUUUGCCACGUACAUGCAUGAGGCCGGGGAAAAGGAAAGUGGAACGAGCAUGAUCCACCUCGAGAUUCUGACUGUCAAGCCCGUACCUGAACUGGCUGCGUCUGAGAUUGUUCUGAAGGUUCGUUGUAUCAAGCGUUGGAAACUCACACAUCUAACCAGAAUACAGGCCACCGUGCUCCCCAUCCGCUUACAUGUGGACCAAGAUGCGCUGGACUUCAUGAGCCGAUUCUUUGAAUUCCGGGACGAGUCCGCCGAACAGUCUACUACCCCCGGCGAUAUCCCGUUCCUACAGCGGGUGGAAAUUAACGCCAUCCAGGUCAAGCUAGACUUCAAGCCUAAGCGAGUCGACUACGCGGGUCUCCGCUCCGGCCGGACCACCGAAUUCAUGAAUUUCUUCGUUCUCGACGGGGCUGACAUGGUCCUCCGACAUGUGAUCAUCUAUGGCGUGUCUGGCUUCGACCGAAUGGGCCAAACAUUGAACGAUAUAUGGAUGCCAGAUGUCAAGAAUAAUCAACUCCCCGGCGUGCUGGCCGGCCUGGCGCCCAUCCGUUCCCUUGUUAACGUCGGCGGAGGCGUCCGCGAUCUUAUUGUCGUGCCGAUGCGUGAAUACCAGAAGGACGGACGGAUCGUACGCAGCAUUCAGAAAGGUGCUGUCGCAUUUGCCAAAACCACCUCAAAUGAGCUUGUCAAGCUCGGGGCGAAACUAGCAAUCGGAACACAGACCGUCCUUCAGGGCGCAGAGGAUCUACUCACCACGCCGGCUCAAGAAGAGGAUGAGGAGGAAGCGAAGAAGAUCUCUCUCUAUGCCGAUCAACCGGUCGGCGUGGUCCAGGGCCUCCGAGGCGCGUACAGUGGUCUGGAGCGCGACCUGCUGUUGGCACGCGAUGCCAUCGUCGCGGUACCGGGCGAGGUCGUUGAGAGUGGAAGUGCCAAGGCUGCUGCUAAGGCUGUCUGGAAGAGGGCGCCGACCGUCAUUCUCCGGCCGGCUAUCGGAGUCUCCAAGGCCGUUGGACAGACUUUGCUGGGGGCUGGAAAUACCCUCGAUCCGAGCAAUCGGCGCAAGAUGGAAGAUGUAAGUGUUUGA